AUGACGUUUGAAGAAAAGCCUGAGGGCAAUGGGGGCCUUGUAGAUGAGAACCAGCUGUACCUAGGUGCGAGGCAACAGGCAAACAGGAAACCAGGAGCAAGUGGGAAAGCCAAGUUCUCUGCAAGGCAGGAGGUAAAUGACAAGUGCAACUUGCCCAGAAAAAGCCUCAACAUGUACACCUGGCAGGAGAUCCAGAGACACAGUCAGGAGACUGACCAGUGGCUGGUGAUCAAUCGCAAGGUCUACGAUGUUACUGGCUGGGCGGACAGGCAUCCCGGUGGGCGCAAGGUCCUCAGCCACUACGCUGGGGAGGACGCCACGGACGUCUUCAGAGCCAUGCAUCCUGACCCUGACAUUGUGCAAUUGUACCUUAAACCACUGUUCAUUGGAGAGCUUGCUCAAGAAGAGCCCAAUCAGGAGAGAAACAAAAAUUCCCAGUUGGUGGAAGAUUUCCAAGAACUGCGGAGGAUAUUAGAGACCAUGAAUAUGUUCAAAGCCAACCUGGGGUUCUUCUUCCUUCACCUUGCCCAGAUCUUGAUUUUGGAAGCCCUGGCUUGGGUAAUAGUGUGGCAUUUUGGCAGUGGCUGGCUUAUCACAAUAUUCAUUUCCUGUCUUCUCACAGUUGCUCAGGCUCAGAGUAUGUUUCUGCAACAUGACAUGGGACACCUUUCCAUAUUUAAGAAGUCCAAGUGGAACCACCUGAUGCAAAAAUUUGUGAUGAGUCAUCUCAAGGGCCUGUCUACAAAAUGGUGGAAUAACCGACACUUCCAACACCAUGUAAAAACAAACAUCGACACCAAAGACCCAGAUAUUGAUGUAGGCCCACUUUUUAUUGUUGGAGAUUUGACACCUGUUGAACAUGGCAAGAACAAAAUCAAAUACAUUGACUACGAGAAGCAGCACCUGUACUUCUACAUGGUUGGGGCCCCCCUUUUCAUGCCAGUAUAUCUGAACCUGGAAUCCAUGCAAGAGAUGUACCUCAGAAGGUACUGCUUCUUUCUGCAGGACAUUGCCUGGGUCAGCAGCUUUUACAUUCACUAUUUCAUCACAUUUGGUCCUUUCUAUGGAAUCUUUGGAACCAUGGUGCUCAUAUAUUUAACCAAGCUUCUUGAAAGUCCCUGGUUUGGAUAUGUUAGCCAGAUGAGCCACAUACCAAUGAAAAUCAGCAGAGAGGAGAACAAGGACUGGUUCAGCACUCAGGUCUUGGCCACCUGUGAUGUUGAACAGUCCUUUUUCAAUGACUGGUUCACUGGGCACUUGAACUUCCAAAUUGAGCACCAUCUAUUUCCCACAAUGCCACGCCAUAAUUAUCACAAGGUGGUACCUCUGGUGAAGUCACUGUGUGCCAAGCAUGGACUGCCGUACGUGAAUAAGCCCAUGUUGAAGGCAUUUGGAGAUAUUGUCAGGGCCCUGAAGAAGUCCACAGCCCUCUGGAAGGAGGCUUACUGCAUGCAUCCAGAAAUAUAA